CACAGCCGCUCCUCUCCGUUGCAGGGCUGGGGAUGGGUCCCACAGCCGCUCCUCUCCAUUGCAGGGCUCGGGAUGGGUCCCACAGCCGCUCCUCUCCGUUCCAGGGCUCGGGAAGGGUCCCACAGCCGCUCCUCUCCGUUCCAGGGCUCGGGAUGGAUUUCCUGACGCUGUUCCUGCUGUACCUGUGCUCCGUGCUGGCCGUCGCUGCCCUGCUGUGCCUCUGCUCGGGAAGGCAGGAGAGUUUCCUCACCAGGAGCAUCACCAGGGCCAGCCAGGUGUUGUCCCUGGUGAUCCCCAGCCAGCUGCAGACAGUGACACAGCAGGCAGUGCACAGGCUCUUCCACACAAGGAGCUGUUUGUUUGUGGUCCUGCACGUAGCCCUGCAGGCUGCAGUGUUUGGGGAGUACACCUGGGAGGUGUUUGUGUACUGCUGGGAGCUGCAGUUCCACCUGCUCCCGCUGCUCCUGCCCUACCUGCUGCUGGCUGCCAACCUGGGCUGCUUCCUGCUCUGCUCCCGGGCCAACCCUGGUACAGUGACACAAUCCAACGCUGCAUCCCUGGCUAAGGUUUAUGCCUAUGAUGGGGUGUUGUUCCAGAGAGGCCUCGUGUGUCCCACCUGCACCCUGGAGAAACCAGCCAGGUCCAAGCACUGCAGCGUGUGCAGGACGUGUGUGCACCGCUUUGACCACCACUGUGUGUGGGUGAACAACUGCAUCGGCGCCGGCAACGCGGGCGUGUUCCUGCUCUACCUGCUGUCCCUGGCGGCCACCGCCGCCGCCGUGGCUGCUGUCACCGCCGCCCUCCUCCUCCAGGUGCUGCUGCUCUCCAACGCCAUGCACGGCACCUACCUGGAUGCCCAGGGGCAGGAGCAGCCCGUGGGGAUCGCCCUCCUUGUUCAGCACCUUUUCUUGACUUUCCCUAGGAUUGUCUUCAUGCUGGGGUUUGUCAUCCUGCUCACACUGGUCCUGGGGGGAUACUGCUCUUUCAGUCUGUAUUUGGCCCUCACCAACCAGACCACCAACGAAUGGUGCAAAUCUCGAAGAUUUGGGGGCUCCCCCCAUCUCCCCUCGCAGCCUCGUGACAGACCCCUUGUCUAUAAAAACAUCUAUUCCAAAGGGAUCUGGAGGAAUUUAAAGGAAAUCUUUAGCCCUCCUACCGUGUUGGAAAGGAAGAAGAAAACAUGAAGAUACUCUUGUUUCUUUGGGCAUUUAUUUUCUAAGACUUUAGUUCAGCAGUGGGCUUGGCUGCCCCAGGCAGACUGUGGAACAAGAUUCUGGAACUGCAGGUUUGGAACUGAUUUGGAACAAGAUUACUGCAGAAUUCACAUAUUGGUGCCCCAGCAGAGCAUCACUGGAGCUCCCUCCCUCAGGGAGACUCAGGGCCAGCUCAGUCCUGGCCCCUGAACACAGGGAUUUGAUUCAUCUUCCCAAAGUGAAUCUUUCUCUCUGGGAAGGGCUAGCACAGAGCUCCUGUGAAUUUUGAGGAAGCAGCAUCUUUCUGUAUCUUUCUCUGGGAAACAAUUAACCCAUGACUGUUAACAAUUACUACAACAGGUUGUGUGUAUUGAGCUGAAAGAACGAUUUCUGCCAGGAUCUUACCUGCAGAAUCCAUGUCCUACUGCAGCUUUGGAGCACUAACUUCAGGAAAGAAAUUAAAGUGUCCCUGUUCACCUCUCCUUCCAGAAAUUCUUCCGAGUAUAAUAGAAGAGAAAUUGGAAAAAAAAAAGUAGUAAGAACUUUAAAUAAUUUUAUUUUUAAAAAUGUAUUUAUUUACAUGCCAAAUCU